AUGCGGUUUGUCCCGUUUGAGAGACAUGUGACUAAGAACUUCCAUUGUCGGAUCCACAACUUCGGGAGUGACGGGGAAUUCCAGCUCGCUUCUGGUUGUUCCCAGACUCAGCGCUUCGGCCGACCCUGCAGGACUUGCUCGCAGCAGGGUGAUGAUAAAGACAUACCCGUAGACGGCGUAACUGCCUGCAGCUCAGGAGUUCCCUGGACAGGCUUCCCUGGAGGAACCAUGCAGCCAAAAAGCAAACCAUGGGCAUUCUUCACAUUGAUCACUGGAGUACUCUCAGUGCUGCCUCUGCUGGCGAUGUCAUCGAAGGACAUGUGUAGAUAUCUGUACCCCCUGGAGAGUGAGCUGAGAUACAGUAACAGGCUCCAGUUCACAAAACACAAUUUUCCCAUCAAUUAUACCAUCCUUGUCCAUCACGAGGAGGUCUUGAGAAUAUCGAACAUCACCAGAUUGUCUGCAUCGCUGAAGAGCAGAGGGGAGGAAGACAUUGCGGGCAGCCUCCACAGAAUAUGGCUAUACAUCAACAAAGAGGUUGUGAAGAAGAUCCGGAUGGUGCUUCCAGAGCAGCACCCCUCCCGGCGCUACAUCUCAGACCUCGAAGGCCUGUUGAAAUUAAUUGAAAUGCAUUUCCCUCAGUCUGAGGAAUGGGUAUUUCCUGAACUGCUCCAGGAAAUCUACAAUGCCCUGAUAGAUGGAGAGCCAGCACUGUGGAAGAAGGUGAAGCCGAAAGCACUCCUUGAUAACUGCUGCAAGACCAUGAAGCUGCUCUUUGAGUGUGACUGGAAUGGAAGAAGACAGACGUCUGCCCGCUGAAGACAGAAUGCUUUUACUAUCCUGUAUUUGUGUCUCUGCCAGAAACCAAGCCACUAAAAACCACCACUGCAUUGCUUUACUUUUGGGUCAUUUUUGGUUUUUAGUUUAAUUAACCCUGCUUUGUAUUAUUAUAUUGUAACAUUAUUAUUAGUUUUUGUGUAUAUCAUAUUGUGCAUUUGUGGCAAAAAUGUUUGUUUGUUUUUUUGUUUGAUUUAAAAACACCAGCAGGUGCACAUGUAAAUAGUGUAUGCUUUAUAUACCAUAACGAAGAAACAUAUAAUUCAUUAUGUUAAAAUUACGAGUAAUUAUGAUGCUGCAUUGUACAGCAUUUCAUGAUUGUGUAAAUACCAAAAUACAAAUAUAUUCCACAUUGAAAUGCAAUUGAAUUGUGGAGCAUGAGAACUGAAGACUGACAGCAUUGUAAGGUGUUUGUUUUUUUUUUGUUUUUUUUACAUGGUCAGACUCUAGAGAUAUGAUGCAAUCAAUGCAUUUUGUUUUCUAAUUGGACUUAAAGCAUCAAUCUACACACACCUUUGAAAUGUAUGUUACUAAUAUACCAGGAUUUCUUAAACUAUAUAAGGCUGUGUGGUCCAGUAGUUAAAAAAACAACCUUAUAACCAGGAGUUCCCUGGUUCAAAUCCCAGCUCAGCCAC